UUAUUUCAUAUUGAUUUCGGAAGAAAUAAGUGUAAUAUAUAAUAUAUAAAGAUAUCAGACGGUUACGUUAAAAUAAUAACGAUUAAUGGAACAAAUAGAAUAUCAAUAGAUUCCCGCCAUUUUUUAUAUUAACCUGUAUUUAAUAAAUAUUAAUAUUUAAUAAUUCGCGAAGAAAAUCAUAGACACGUUUAAUAUAUUUAUAAUAUAUCAUCAUUUUAUCGUGGUCAUAAAUAAAAUCUAAUUGUAUUCAAUUCAAUAAGAUACAUUUUUAAAAUAGGAGAAUAGAUGUAAACACGUAAAGGUGAUAAAUUGUUUCGUGAUGAUAUAAAAAUUAUAGAAAUAUUGAUCAAUUGUCAGAAAAUAGAGAUUUCUAUGAUCAUGUUUGUAGAUUAAACGAAGAAAUAAGGAAAAAUUCUGAUAAACGCAAGAAGAUAUUUACGAUUUGAUAUUAAUCAAAAAGCCCAAUGAGAGAAGUGAGUCCAGAAGGUGGCAGAAGUAAAAAUGAGUGCGGAGGUGGAGAGACAGCUGUCGCCCGCAGUUGGCAACGAGUCGUCCGCGUCGAAUGUGGAGCGAUUACGUAGAUCGGUAAAAUAAUAGAACAGAAUAGAGAAUAGGAUAAAAUAUAAUAGGAAUAAUAGGUGAUCCUUCGAGACGCACUUCUUCUUCUUCUUCUUCUUCUUCUUCUUCUUCUUCUUCUUCUUUUUAUCCCUGACUUCUCUCGUUCUUUCGUUCUUUUUUUUUUCACGUAACUUUUUCUUUCACAUUUUUUUUUUUCUUAUUUCCCUCUUUUUUUUUCAUAUUUCUCUCAUACUAAUGGGAUCGUGUGUAAAACUUUUAAGUUUCUUCCUUUUUUUCAUAAGUCAAACCGUACGUACGCGUCACGAAGAUUUACCUUGUCCUUUAUCACUAACGGUACCCUUAGAAAAGGACAAGGUUCAUAGAUACGAGAAUGGUUCUCUUUUUCACGAAGGUACUUUAUAUCCUACCAAUUUAUACUGGACCAAAAACGAUUCCGUACGUGGAUGUAUCUGCGAGCUACGACCAUGUCUGAGAAAAUGCUGUCAAGACGGGGAGGUUCUCAGCGACGGCGAAACACCAAAUUGUACAAAGUUACAAAAUCACGACGUUCUUCCGGAUUUACGAUUAAAGAAAGACCAGUUGACAUCUGAAAUUCAAAAUAUACGAAGCAUCGCCAAUCAUUUUGCUAUUUUGCGUAAUAAAAUCUGUCAUAAUAAUAAAACUUAUAUACUGGACCCGGAAAAGUACGAAGAGGAUAAGAUUACGAUCGAAGCCAAUGGUAUUCUUAAAAACGAAGAAAAUAUUUAUCCACAAUGGAUGUAUUGUAUUGAUUGGGAUCAAUCUUUGAAGAAGAUUAUUGUUUUAAUAUGUUUUCAACAAGAAGAAGAAUUACCAUUACUUACCACUCAAAUAUAUCCGAUCAUGACGAUAGUGUCCAUACCUUUCCUCAUCAUUACUUUUUUGGUUUACGCCAUCAUACCGGAACUUCGAAAUAUUUAUGGAAAAACUCUUAUGUGCUAUGUUGCUUGUCUCACGAUAUCCUACUGUUUUCUCAUCAAUUCACAAUUCAAGUAUUUGCCUCGUAAUAUCUGCAUACCCGUAGAAAGCACAACGGACGAGGAAGCACUCAUUCCAAGGCAAAAUACGGAAGAAGAUUAUAUUCGAUAUUGUGUUCCGGAAGGAAAUUGUCUAUCGUUUUGUUGUCCUCCUGGUUUCUACACCCUUCCGAAGAACAAGUGCGAAAGGAUAAAAAAUACAUCGAUACCUUUGCCACGAGUUUACGCGAUGGAUCUUUCGCCGAUGAAUGUUACUACGAACGACAAGAAUUUUUAUUUCUUAUAUUGGAAUCCUUGUAUCGGAGCCGUGAAGAUUCCCUUGAAUCCUGCUAUUUAUCCAGAGGAACAAUUCUUCCUUCUACAAAACGGUUCAUUCUACUUGCCCUUUUCGGAAAAGGGCAAACAAAUAUUGAAUCCAAGACAGUAUUGUCUCUCCGUAAUAAAAUCCGUCGUCUUGAAAGAAUACCUUGUUAUCUAUUGCGAUAAGGAAGAAAUAAAAGAAAAGUCAGUUAUUCGUGGGAUCCUCAUUUCUCUCGGUAUGAUCGUAUCGAUACCAUUCCUUCUAGCCACGUGGUUGGUUUACACGCUAAUCAAGGAAUUAAGGAAUUUGCAUGGAUUCGUUCUACGUGCAUACAUCGCAUCGUUGACCAUAUCAUACACAAUUCUAUCGACAGUACAGAUUGCGCCACAAGAAUGGAUCUCAAACGUGUGCUGUGUUUUCCUUGCUUUCUUUAUGUAUUUCUUCUUUUUGGCAAGUUUUUACUGGUUGAACGUCAUGUGUUUCGACAUUUGGUGGACAUUUGGAGGAUUUCGAGCAUUAAGGGGUAGUAUGCAACAAAGAGAUAGAAAGAAAUUUAUAAUAUAUUCCAUCUAUGCUUGGGGAAUGGCUUUGUUCUUCACAGGAAUAUGCUUGAUUAUGGACUUUGCUCCUAACAUACCAGAGAGUUCUAUUCGACCACAAUUGGGAGCGGAAAGAUGCUGGUUUAAAUAUAACACAGCGACGAAUAUAUAUUUUAUUGGACCUAUGACGAUAUCAGUUUUCUGUAAUCUAUGCCUAUUUAUCUCAACCGCUUUAAAAAUUCAAAAACAUAAAAGAGAUACGGCUCAUCAUCUAAGAGGUAGUGAAAGUAGACGCCAUGACGAUAAUAAGCAGUGGUUCAAUCUAUACUUGAAGUUGUUCAUCGUUAUGGGUAUCACCUGGUCAACGGAAAUCAUAUCCACAUUAUGGAAAGAAUCAGAUAAUUAUAUUUGGUAUGUAACAGAUGUGGUGAAUACUUUACAGGGUUUGAUCAUUUUCAUAACGCUCGUUUGCAAAGAAAAAAUUAAGCGUUUAUUACUUAAAAGAUUUGGAUAUAACGAUAAUAAAUUUUUGUCGAGAAACUCUACUCGUAGCGUUUAUCAUAGCUCAGCAUCUCGUACUACUUGUACAACAGUAACUAGUUUACCUCUUCAAGAUAAAGUCAAUGCAAAUAUUCGACACGAAGCAUUUGGCACGAGUAAAGAAAGUGCCGAAGAAAGCGACUGUCCUUAAAAUACAUAAUAAUAUUAUAAAAACAAAUCAAUGUGAUGUAGAAAAUACGUUCGUUGAUAAGAACGUAUGUUUUUGAUGGAUGAUAGAUGACGAUCCAUCUCGCAAGAAAAAAAUAGCCGACAGGCUUAAAGAGAUGGGAGAUAAUUUUUACUUCGAAAAUAAGUUAUUCUGUCUUUAAAAUCAUAUACAUUGACAUACGGCUCUUCUUAUUCCUUAUUUCAUUUUUCAUUUUUCUUCAAAUCCAUUUAUUUUUCUUUUAUAUUUCAUAAUUUCAUUAAUUUAUAAUAAAUAAUAGAUAUAUCAUGACAUUAGAAUAAAGGAGAUGGAAUCCGUGAAGAAUUAAAUUACAACUAAUAUUAAAAGAACUGAAUAUUACAAAGUCCUUUGAACAAACAAUUUUUUAAAUAAAAUAUCAUUAAUAAACUAUGCAGGACAUAGUGAUCGAUCUAUUAUUAUUGUUAUUAAAUUUAAUGACGAAGACACAUUUCACUUGUAAAAUUUGUAUGACAUUCUCGUAUCUCAUUUUACAGAUUUCGUAUACUUGAAUAAAGAUAUAUAUCUAAGGUAUAUCAUUCUCUAUUAUAUAUUUUGAAUCUCUAUAUAUUUAUUACUAUUAAAUAAAUGUGAUGCCAUUAGUGCUUUUAAAGUAUUCCAUAACAAAUUAUCUAAUUAUUCUCGCAAAAUUUCUGUAACGUAGAAAACGUAUAAUUCGUUUUUGCUAAUCGUUGAAUCUAUAUAGUCUAUAAAAAUUGAAAUUAUAAUAGAAUAUGGUAGUUAAAAAUUAUAUAUUGUAAGAAGUAUGUACUUAUACUUUUAAUGAAAAUAGUCGUAAAAUUUUCAUAAGUAGGUUUCAUAGAAGAAUAAUAUAUAUUAUAUAUAUAUUUUAUAUAUCCAUUAUUAUCAUAUCAGCUUCCAUAUUAUCUUUUACACGAGUUUACAUCAUUGAUGAAAUGUAAAAUAUGUGUUUAUAUUAUAAAACAUCUCUGUUCAUACAAUUGUCAUGUUUAUACAUUUAUUUUAAAUAUUUAUGAAGUAAUAAAAGUACAUUUUCUUUCUCUUUAUCUUUUAAAGUUCGCGGAAUAGCUUAUUUGUUUUUUAUAUAAGAAAAAAUUUUGUACAUUUUUUUUUUAAAUAUAUACUACUUAUACUAACUAUGAUAUUGUUGAAUUUAUCUCUUAUCUCUAUAUUCUUAAUUUAUUCUAUGAAAUGGUAAUACAUUCAUAAGUAUAAAUGAAAAAUAUUUGAAAAAAUAUAUGAGAUACUAAUUCAUUCAUUUAAGUUGAAAAAUCUAUUAUGGCAUUUUACAAUUGAAUGAUUGUGUCUACAACAAAAGAGCGAAACAAUAUUAUCGAUUAACAUUUUCAACAAGCGAAGUAAAAAAAGAAAGAUAUUAUU